AUGUGCAGAGCGCGAAAUUUUCCUAAUCGACGCAGACCUCGAGAAGCGGCGACCGAGUACAUAGGCGCUGACUCGCGUACUUGAAACACUGCCACCGCCUGUUUCUGGGCGGGAACGGAUGCUUUCUUCGACAAACACGUGAUUUUGAGGGAAUCGCUACGCCUGGAUCGUCUCGUCGAGGCUCGCUGAGCGAGCCAUCUAGUUCCGCUUUGUUUCGUUUUGCUGCGGGUAUUAUACGAUGCAUUUUUGAACGGACUGCGUACGCACGGGGACCGCUUACGUUUAUUCAACCAGUGACGACAAAAAACGUCGGCUUCGGGAGUACGCCGCGCCCCGGCGCAGGGCCGUCAUGUCUGACCAAGAUGGCGGCGGUAAGCCGCUGAACAUCCUGGACGUGGACGGGCGCAGCCUGGAGCUGGACGAGCAUGCACUGGCACGCUUGCUGCUGGCCGAACACGUCAAGGACAAGCCCGUGGUCGUGAUCGCGAUAGCCGGAGUCUUCCGCAAGGGGAAGUCCUUCCUGCUCUGUUUCCUGCUCCGGUACCUGCGCAACCUGGGCCGGGCCAACUGGAUCGGUGACCCGAACGCUCCGCUGAAAGGCUUCGACUGGCGCGGAGGAAGCACGCGCCACACUAAGGGCAUCCUGAUGUGGAACGAGGCUUUCUUGGUGAAGACCUCCCGGGGCAAGGAGCUGGCAGUGCUACUGAUGGAUACCCAAGGGACCUUCGACUGCAUAUCUUCGAACGAAAUACACCGCAGCAUUUUUGCCCUCAGUGCCAUGAUAAGUUCCGUGCUCAUCUACAACUUGUCCCAGAACAUUCACGAGAAUGACCUACAGCAUCUACAAGAUUUCAUCGAAUACGGCGUGCUGACGCAGUCUGCUCAGCAGCGGCAAACCUCUUCUACUACGGAGGAGGAGGGGAGUGUGCGACCCUUCCAGAGUCUGUGGUUUCUAGUGCGCGACUGGAGCUCGCCGUGCGACAUGAACUACGGUGCGGAGGGCGGCCAAAAGCUCCUGGACGACCGGCUAAGGAUCAUGCCCCGACAAGACAGGGCCCUGCGGCGGCUGCGUGAGAAGAUAAAGAGCUGCUUCAAGAGCAUCCGCUGCUUUCUCAUGCCACAUCCAGGCCUAAAGGUGGCGAUACAGUCACCACCUCCUGAUGAAUUUGAUGGCCGCCUGUCGGACAUUGACAAGUCCUUCAAACUGCACCUUGAGGAAUUUGCGGGGUUACUAUUAGAGCCGGACAAUCUGCUGCCUAAAGAAAUCAACGGACGCAAAAUAACGUGUCAGGAGCUGAUGACGUACAUUAGGGUCUACGUGAGGGCAACCAAGACAGGCCGGCUGCGUGAGCCAACAUCUAUGAAGGAGGUGACCGAGGCGGCAAGUAUCCGUGCAGCCAUGGAAAAUGCCCUUGAUUUCUACACGACCUGUAUGCUGGAAGUGUGGCAGGGUCCUGGUGACGCCAGUCGCGAGAUCAUGCAGGGUCACCACUACCGGCUCCGAGAGCAGGCGCUCGAGCGGUAUUCAGACGAGCCCAAACUGGGCGGAGAGGAGCUGGCACUGCUCUACCUGGAGAAGCUCAAAGAGAGAAUCGACACCACUUUCGAGGUCUACUGCGAGUACCUGAAAGAAAAAAAGAGCACGAUCUUCGAUACCGUGGCCUUCAAGGCUGUGCACGGCUUCUUGACCACUGGUCUGGCAGCUGGAGCCAUCGCUUUGGCCGUGGUGGAACUGCCCGUUGUGGCUGGAGCAUUGGCGGUUAUGGGAGCUGCGUCUAUGACCGGACACAUUAUCCAAGGGAUCGUGAAUCUGAAGCUUUCCAAGCGCAAGAGAAAGGAGAGGCAGAAUGACGCAUUGAGGGCUGCAGGAGAUGCCAAGAGCGUCAAUGCGUAUGACGAUGACAGUGACGGCUCUGACGAGGAGACACCACUGCUUGGUGACUCAGACGACAACGCCAGUGUGGCGUCCAUGGAAAUCCCCGGGUUCGAAAACGUAUCGCUUGACCCACCUUGUAUGGUUAACGACGAAGAGGCAGCGACAAAUGUGGCCAACAGUCAGGCACUUGCUCGGGCAUUGAAACAUUACGGCGACGGCAUGGAGCAGGUGUGCGGCGAAUCCGUUCCACGCCUGGCUGAGGAGAAGCUGAAAACCUGCCACGACCGAUUGAAAGAGUCCGCUUAUCAUGUGUUUGUAAGAUGCUGCCAUUUGGCCGGCAAGAAGGUGCUACAGCCCUUCGCAGACACGCUUGAAAGAGAGUUGGAGGAGCAGUUCAAGAAUUUCACCAAUCAGAACCGAGAAAAAUAGGUCGUACGUGCCUUCAUCCCUGCCACACUGCCAUACCGUUCUGCCCCACCCACCAACAGGCGCAGCUCACCUGCAUCAAAACAGAACUUAACCUGAGGUUCCUUUUAGACGCGAUGACAAAUCUCUGAUACUCAAGACUCAACUGAGUCAAGACCACGGAGAAAGUUAUUCUUUCUCCGUGGUCAACACUCAACCAAGCGUAUUUUUGUAAAAUAUAAUUGGAUUUACCGGAUGCUUCUGAAAUGUACAAAAUAAGAGCAAUAAAGAUUUUUUAUUGUGUCGUUGCUCCUGGGCUAAUAAUAGGUUAGCUGCCCACCUCACUGGUGAAGAAAAAGUGCCUGUAGUCUUUGGAAUCCUUCGCUGCAAGUUAUAAUAUAUCCUUUGCUCUGUAUUAUUUCUUUAUCACAGAUGCCUGCUAUUGUGUGUAUGAAUUCUGCCAUAUUCUGAAAGUAAGACAGCUGACAGCUAGUCAGCACCUACUUGGAAGUGUUUUUGUUAGUGUCUGUUUUUCGGAAGCGUUUGUGUAAUCACUAGCAGAAUAAAGGAUGCUGCA